AUGAUGGAAUUUGAGCGGGCUUUCGAUCUAUCAGACCCUAAACGGUCAGAGCGAGAAGACGACAUGCCUCACGAGUCAUUGCAGGAGAUUGCGCUCAUGAUACUACUGAAUGGAGGUCAAGAAGGUUAUGAUGAAAUAGGCCAGUUCCUGAAGCAGCUGAACAAGCCUAUCACCCCCGAGCAACGGGCGAUCAAUGACCAGCAAUUUCCUUCCGUUCAACCUCGAACUAUAGCCAUAUAUAGGCAGCCCAAUGGCUUCUACUUUAUCGGCACAUCUAUCGAGCAAUGGGUGAAGUUGAAGGAGCUAAAGAAAUACCGGAGGGACCUCCGGCAGGAGCGUAUCGACGAGCUGCACGGACAGUGUCCUCGCCAUAUCCGAGAAUACAUGGAGGCUCUCAAUAAGCCCAUCGACGAAUACCACACGUCAGACAAUAGCCAAGAGAGGAGCGCAAGGGCCACGAAUCUCUUAGAAAAGGCAUCCGAUCAGUUUCGCCACAGAGUCCAAAUGCCCGGCUAG